AUUCAGACAACCCAGGUCCUGACUACCCAGCUCGAUGCUACAAACGUGCACUGUACAAUGGCGCAGCGGGCAUUGGCUCAAUCUCGACUGGAGUUGGAGAAUGUGAAGAAGAAAAAGCAGCCAAAGAAAUCUGUCAAGUUGCGGGCCCGUUUUGUGACACACCCGGAGCUUGAGGAGGACUUCAACAAGGCAGAGGAAGUGCGGUGUGAAAAAGACAAGGCUGACGCAGAGAAACAGGCUAGGAAGAAGUCGGAAGAUGAAGUGCGUCAUGCCCAGAUUGAAAAUGAUAUCAAGUCGAAGACGUUCGAUGCACUCUCAACACUCCGGUGCAAGGAUGAUUUUAUCACACUUGCUGGCGCUCUCAAGAUUUCGAGAGAUGGGACGGUCGAGGAACUCAGGGCUAGAAUCAAAGAGUUUCUCGCAGACACUGCAAAUCGGCACUUAGCUGACAAUCCACGUUUUUCUGUGCUCUUCCAGAUGGGAAAA